AUGGCGCCUGGAGCCUUGGGUGUUGACUCGCGAGUGAUCCCAUCCGUUGAUGGGCCAAAGCCACCCUCUAUUUUGGCUUCUGUUCUACAUGGCCCUCGAGACCUCAGAUUGGAAGUCAGACGGCUUGAAGAUCCCGGACCCGGGGAAUUGCAAAUUGCCGUUAAAACAACAGGUAUCUGUGGCUCCGAUGUUUCUUAUUAUAAAAAAUUUGCCAACGGCGACUUGUGUGCUUGUGAGCCCUUGUCCCUGGGCCAUGAGUCCACUGGCGAAGUGGUUGCCAUUGGACCCCAGGUACGAGGCUUUGAGAUUGGCGACCGAGUCGCUCUUGAAGUAGGAGUUGCAUGCAAUACCUGCGCGCUUUGCAGGAAGGGGAGAUAUAAUCUCUGCAAAAAGCUGAGGUUUAGAAGCAGCGCGAAGACAUUCCCUCAUUACCAGGGGACUCUUCAGGAGAGGAUAAAUCAUCCAGCAGAUUGGUGCCACAAGCUCCCUGACCAUGUGUCAUAUGAUGCAGCAGCUCUUUUGGAGCCACUCUCAGUUGCCAUACACGCAGUUAAUCGUGCCAACAUUACACCUGGCUCCACGGCCUUUGUCAUAGGGGCCGGAACUGUUGGUCUUUUAACUGCUGCCAUGGCAAGGCAUGCGGGCUGCACUUCUGUGACAAUCACGGACAUUGACCCUGGUAGAGUCAACUAUGCUGUUUCAAAAGGGUUUGCAACCUCUGGACAUGUUGUACCCAGAAACAUCAAUGGCUCUCGUGGAAGCUCAGGUAUCUCGACUCCUGAUGGUAUCAUGACGCCCGCGAGCUCAUUCACAUCUUCGAGCCCAUUUGACCAGGCCAAGGCGAUUGCUGCAGAGAUCCUGAACGAAUCUAAUGCCGGCAAUGGGUUCACAUUGGAAGAAGACGAGGAUGGAUUUGACGUCUCAUUUGAGUGUACCGGCAAGGAAGUAUGCAUGCACACGAGUCUAUAUGCCACCAAGGCUGGGGGCAAGGUUGUCAUGGUCGGCAUGGGCACCCCAGUCCAGACGCUGCCCCUUUCCGUUGCCCACCUUCGGGAGAUCGAUAUCGUCGGCGUGUUCCGAUAUGCCAAUACAUACGCAACAGGGAUCCGUCUUCUUUGCUCGUCGAAUAAGAAAGGGCUCGGGUGGACUCUGCCGAACCUCGGUGACAUGGUCACACACCGCUUCAAGGGGCUGAGCGAAGCCAGUAAAGCAUUCGAGUUGGCGAGCAGGACUUCAGAUGAUGAUGGGAAGCUGGUUAUCAAGGUUGUGAUCGAGCCUUAA